CCGGUGGCUCGAGCUCUCGAGCUUCAUGCGGUUGAGUCUGGGAAUUCAUACACAACUACUUUGAAGAGGAAUGCAGCACUCGUAGCCAACCAUACUUGAAUCUUAAGGAAUCAUCAUUCCAGUCAGCACAUAAUGGCUGGCUUCAGACAAGAGGAUGUGGAGGUGUUUUAUGAGAUGGAAGAGGAACUGGGCAGUGGACAGUUUGCCAUCGUUCGUAAGUGUAAGGAGAAGACCACGAGUAUUGAAUAUGCAGCCAAAUUCAUCAAGAAACGGCGUCUGUCCUCCAGCCGGCGGGGGGUGAGCCGCGAGGAGAUUGAGCGCGAAGUCAACAUCUUGCGAGAAAUCCAACACAGCAACAUCAUCACCCUGCACGACAUCUUUGAAAACAAGACGGACGUGAUCCUGAUCCUGGAGCUGGUGUCCGGAGGAGAGCUGUUCGACUUCCUGGCUGAGAAGGAGUCUCUGACGGAGGAGGAGGCCACUCAGUUCCUCAAGCAGAUCCUGGACGGGGUUGAGUACCUUCACUCCAAACGCAUCGCUCACUUCGACCUCAAGCCUGAGAACAUCAUGCUGCUGGACAAGAACGUCCCAAACCCCCGGAUCAAGCUGAUUGAUUUUGGGAUUGCUCAUCAGAUUAAAGCAGGAAACGAGUUCAAGAACAUUUUUGGAACACCAGAGUUUGUUGCUCCAGAAAUAGUGAACUACGAGCCCCUUGGACUGGAGGCGGACAUGUGGAGCAUCGGAGUGAUCACAUACAUCCUACUGAGCGGGGCUUCGCCAUUUCUUGGGGAGACAAAGCAGGAGACCCUGACUAACAUCUCAGCCGUUAACUACGACUUUGAUGAAGAAUACUUCAGCAACACCAGUGAGCUCGCCAAGGACUUCAUACGCCGUCUGCUCGUCAAAGAUCCCAAGAAGAGAAUGACAAUUGAUGACAGUCUUCAGCAUCCCUGGAUUAAGGUGAUCAAGAGGCGAAAUGUCCGCCAGGAGGAGCGAGACCACAAGACUGAGCGUCGCCGUCUGAAGACGACCCGUCUGAAGGAGUACACCAUCAAGUCCCACUCCAGCAUGCCGCCCAACAACACCUACGUCAACUUUGAGCGCUUCUCGCAGGUCCUGGAGGAGAUCGCGGCCGCAGAGGAAGGCCUGAGGGACCUGGAGCAAAACCAGCGCUCGUGCCGGGAGGACGUGGCGGCGCUGCUGUCCAUCUACGAGGAGAAGGAGGGCUGGUACAAGGAGGAGAACCAGAGCAUCUCCACCGACCUGAGCCACAUCCGGCAGGAGCUGCAGCGCACCACGGCCCAGAGGAAGAAGAGCCAGGAGGAGACGCGCCUCACCAUGCAGGCCGCAAACAUCCUCAAGCGCAAGUACGGGCGUCUGGAGAACCGCUACGAGGCUCUGGCGGAGCAGGUGGCCUCCGAGGUGCGCUGGGUGGAGGAGCUGGUGAAGUCCAUCUCUGCAGAGAAGGACACGCUCGGCAGCAUGCCCUGAGCCCGACUGACAACACUGACUCUAAUUCUCCGGCCCCUCCUCUCUGCGGGUCGGUGCUCCUCAUAAGCUGCUGCCAUCGGGAGAACAUUUUCAACUCUUUUUUUAAUGUCACGCUCGAAAAACCAGCAAGAAGCAGAAAGGCAAUCUUUUGAACCCAUUCCCCCACGAAGAGGCUCAUUCCUGUGUUUUAUAAGUUAAUUUAUAAUUUGAGAGAUUUCACAUACUGUUAAUUGUUUUGAAUUUGAAAUUGUAUUGGCUUUAUUUUUGUUUUUGUAAAUUUUCUUUGCCUGGUUUUGUUUUUAGAAUCGUAGUUACUGUACAUCACAAGGUGCUGUGGAAGCUGUAGAUGUCCGCUCUCGCCUCAGGUUAUUGGUCAAUAUGUGAGAAGGCUUCACAACUUAAAGCUAAAGCAGGUAAAUAAAUAGCCAUCGUCGAGGGGCAUUUAUUUAUACGCUUACAUUUCCAAUUCGGGUGCAGCUGAACGUCAGCUAUAAAGGAUGCAAUAAACUCUAGAGCACUCGGCAUAGAAUGAAAAAGAUUUUGCGUUACACUUUUUUUUCUGUCUUUUAUCUGUGAUUUUCUAAUGAUUUCAAGUUUCCUCCAAAGAGUCAACCUAGUUUGUUAUAAUUACAGGGUAAAAGAGACAAUUUGGUGGUUGAGUUUAUUAUUAACUUUCAGAGAUAGUAAUAAUAAUAAUAAACUCCUCCUGUAUAGCAGACUUUCAAAACCAAAGUGACAAGGUGCUUCACCACAAAAAACACCAUACAACACAGAUGCUAAGAAAGCAAAUGUGAGCAGACAAUAAGAGAUCCAACUAAAUGAGAAAUAACGUUUGAAUACAUAAAACAAUCUGUGGGUGUGUUUUAGAAGCUUUUGAACUAAUCACACUUUCAUAAGUACCAAAUGACAUGGUUCUUUCUAGGACCUUCCUUAGUAAUGUAAUGAAUUCACGUAAAAGUCAAGCAUUAUCGGGUUUCAAAUGUACACUCAUCUCUGCUGUGCCUGAAAACUGAUGGACCGUAUUGCCUCUGCGUGCUCUCCUCUGUCAUCGAGUUAUUGAUAUAUAUAUCACAUCGCUCCAUGUCUUAAACAACAGCCUGUGCUCAGCAGCUUGUAAACCGAACAGCGUGCAUGGAAACUCGAUAAACUGUCAUUCUGUUUUCAUCCUGACCAUCUCUGCAUUCUCGAUACAUUCCUCUGAUAAGUUUCCCAUCCAGGCAACACAUUCCCCAUGUAUAGCGUAGAAAAGUGUAUGAUAGAUGCAGUAGUAUUUUUCCAAAAGAGAAAUGUAUACUUAAUUGCAUUUGAAUGAUUAUAGCAAUGUAAAAAAAUCUAUUUUAAUCUGAUUCUAAUGUGUAAGAAAAAGCUGAAAUGUCUGGGCUUGUUUCAAAUAAAGAAAGUUAUAACUGUUAAAAA